AUGUCCUCCGGUUUCGUGUCAGCCGGCACGAACGAGGAGCCCAUUGAGCGUGACGAUGCCUGGGUAAGAGCGCAGAAAGAAUUGGAGGAGGAGCGGCAGCGGAAGGCCGAGGCUGGCCAGCAGAAGGAUGGGAAGAGUCUUUUCGAGGUGCUACAGCAGAAUAAAAUGGCGAAACAAGAACAAUUCGAAGAGAAAAUACGAUUGAAGAACCAAUUCCGCGCACUCGAUGAAGACGAGGUGGAUUUCCUGGAUUCGGUGCUGGAGUCGACUCGCGCGCAGGAAGAGGCCGUGAAGAAGGAUACGGCCGAUCAACUGGAGGUCUUCCGGAAACAGCGCGAGGAGGCGGAGAAAGCGAUGUUAGGGUCGGCCUCGUCGGAUGUGACGCCUGCGCCGGUGGAGGAGGAGGAUUGGGCGAUUUCGGCGAGGAAGAGGAGGAGGGAGAAGGGGAAGGAUUUGUUGCUUCCGGGGAAGAAGCGUAAAGCUUCUGUGACGGAGGAGGCGACAAAGGGUACGGAGAAGACUGAGAUAGUAGCUGCUAAGCCUGCGCCCACAUCUUCAACGGGUACGCAGGACUCAAAAACGGCUGGAAAUGCUGUUACGAGUGCAUCGGGAACACCGGCACAGUCCAGGACGGACAAGAGUAGGACAGACACUACUAAGCAGGCAGCAAAACCAGCAUCUGCCUCACUAGGACUGGUUGGAUAUGGAUCAGACUCCGAUUCAGAAUGA